CCUCAGACUGUGCGGGAUGGUCCCAUCCUUCCAACCGAUAAGAGGUUUUCCUGUACUGAGUGCGGGAAGUGUUUCUAUUAUAAAUCUCACCUUGAUAUACAUAAAAGAUCUCACACAGGUGAGAAGCCAUAUUCCUGCCCUGAGUGCGGGAAAUGUUUUUCCAAGAAAUCGCAUCUCAACAGUCAUCAGAGAUUGCACACAGGAGAGAAUCUGUAUUCAUGUUCUGAGUGCGGGAAAUGUUUUGUACACAAAUCAUAUCUUGUUACGCAUCAAAGGUCUCACACGGGGGAAAAGCCGUAUUCCUGCCCUGAGUGUGGGAAAUCCUUUUACAGGAAAUCCCAUCUCGACAGCCAUCAGAGAUUGCACACAGGUGAGAAGCCAUAUUCAUGCCCUGAGUGCGGGAAAUUUUUUGUAGAUAAAUUACGUCUUGUCAAUCAUCAGAUGUCUCACACGGGGGAAGGGCUGUAUUUCUGUUCUGAGUGCAAUAAAUGUUUUGCACAUAAAUCAGCUCUUGUCACACAUCAGCGAUCUCACACAGGUGAGAAGCCGUAUUCCUGUCCUGAGUGCAGGAAAUGCUUUGGACAAAAAUCACAUCUUGUCACACAUCAAACCCAUCACACGGGGGAAAAACCGUAUUUUUGUCCUGAGUGCGGGAAAUGUUUUUCCAAGAAAGCCAAUCUUGACAGCCAUCAGAUAUCACACAAAGGAGAGAAGCCGUAUUCCUGUCCUGAGUGCGGGAAAUGUUUUACCAGAAAGUCAUAUCUUUCGAUACAUCAGAGAUCUCACACAGGGGAAAAGCCGUAUCCCUGUCCUGUGUGUGGGAAAUGCUUUGGACAAAAAUCACAUCUUGUCAAACAUCAAAAGUCUCACACGGGGGAGAAGCCGUAUUCCUGUCCUGAGUGAGGGAAUUGUUCCUCACUGAAGUCCUGACUUCCUGUA